AUGGAGGCUGUGAGACCAAAGAAGACUAAGGCCAAGAGCAGCACCAAGUCUCAGUCUGUCAGGAAGCCAAAGCAGGCACAGGAAGAACAACUCUCUACACUCUCUGCCUCUGUCUUUACUGACAUCCCCCUCAGUCUGCCUUAUGAUGGACAAGAGGAGCAAAAGGACCCUGUUCAGAUCACUGAGACCAGGGCACAGCUCUCACAUAUCUCCCCUGAGCCUUCAAAGACUUCCUUAUCACAGUCUUCAUCCAAAUCUGUGUUAACCAAUACGUCACAGUCUACUGCCAGUGUGUCAGCAGAGACAUCACAAGGUACAGAACAUCUGAGGGGGUCAGGAAAGAAAAAUGAAGAGGAUGGCAGUGCAACAGCACAGGGAAAUAAACUUAGAGCUGCAUCACACAACAUUGAAAAGUUGGGGAAAGCACAGGAAAAAGACACACAGUCUUGGAAUAAACCUUGUAUUUCAUCUCAGUUUGAGAUGACAAAUGUCGCUAGUGCCCCUGCACUUUAUCCAUCUCUGCCUAAACUCGAAGAGGGUCCUGUGAUACAGCUUACCAUGCCAAGUGUGAAAAGUAGUGCUCAAGGUCCUGCAGUGUUGGCACUACCUGAGCAGGAGUCUUCGCCUCCAGGUUCACAACGGCUGGAGUCUGUAGCUGAACUUUCCAGAAGCAAACUUUACCCAGAAUUACCUAAAACAGCUCCAGAAAUGCAGCCCUUAACACUGGAGCAGCUCGGUGUCUGGGAGCCAGGUGGAGGUUUAUCCUGGUUAGAUGGUGUUGAAGUGUGUGAAGCUCAGUUUUGUGCUUUGGCACGACAAGAAAGCCAUGAACUGACUGAGCUGCUGCAGAACUACUGGCGCUGCCGUAGACAGCUUACCCAGUCACACACACAGCUACACACACUGUCUUCAGACUGCAAGAGCACACAGAACCGUCUUUGGAGCUUCAGAGAUGAACAGCUCACACUUCAGGGAGUCUGUGCAGACCAGUCCAAAGUGUGUGGGUACCAUCGUUUCCAGCAGGCCGACUUCUGUCAGAGUGUUCUUGCUGAACUAAGGCGACUGUUUGAAACACGCAGUGAGCUGCUCCAUCAGAAGGUGGCGCUGCAUGCAUACACUGCUCUGUUGUCACGGCUGCAGGUGGAGUCAUAUCUCUAUCAACUUUUAAAAGACUUCUCUGGCAGGCAGUCACAGCCUUGUUCUCUCCAAACUCUGAAAGAAGCCAUAAGUGUUCUAUUUAGCUUCACACGUAGAGUCCUGGAUGACACACAGUUCCAAUCAGACAUCCAUCACUGGCUGGAGAGAUUGGUGGCUGUUCUUCUCCAUGUUGGAGGAUCAGGAGAACAUCUUUAUAUUCUGUGCCACCUUCUCUGCUGUCCUGCGGAGGUUGGAAAGUGGGCUUCAUCUUUUCUUCAGAUUCAAGUUUUGGGAAACACUUUUGGAGUGGAGCAUUUCAUGCAAGCUUUGGCUGUUUUAAUGUCACCGCCCAGACACCGGGCAGAGUUUCUGGGCCACAUGAAACCAUGUGAUCACCAGAGUUCUUCUGGGUCUGAACCAGGGUCUGGAAAUUGGACUCUAGUGGAUGAAGGUGGAGAGGAGGACGAGGAUCCAGAGAGCAGCUGGCUGCUUCUCUGUGAGGAUGAUCUGAUCUCUUUACUGAACCAGUUUCCCUUCCAGCAGCUCUACUCCCACAUGCUGGGCAUCAGCAGACAAGGAGUGUACGAGCCCCAGGUCUACUCCAGUCAGAAGAUGAUGCGUUUGUUUGCUUUUGCAUCCUCCCUCAUCGAAAUUCUCGCUCUGGGCCUACAGACCUACAACCGAGCCAGAUACAGACAACUGGUUAAACGAAUCGGACACAUCAUAAGGAUGACAUUGUGUUAUGUCAGCGAUCAUUGGGCCCAGUACGUGAAUGGAGCUGGUGUGGCCAGAUCUAGUUCUCAUGUUCACACUCUGUCUUUUGACACACUGCAGCUGGAGUAUGAUCAUCUUUUCCUCAGAGCUGUUUUACAUGUUCUAAGGAACAAAAGGUUGGGUAUUUGGUUGUUUAUGUCUGAGAUGCCUUACGGGACAUUGUCCAGCUCUAUGCUCUGGAAGGUACUUUAUGUCAUGCAGAGAGCUGAGACGGAAGAACCAGAAACACUUGGCAUUGCCAGAGACCUGCAGUCCUGUAUUCAUACUCUCAGAGACCCACAGCACCAGAAGAGGUUUGAACAGUGGCUGUGUGAGGUGAACAGCUCUGAUGGCAUCUCCCUCCUCACUGCCCUGGCACACAUGGCCACGCCGACUCAGCACACAGACCCUGUGUUCAUCACUACCAUAACACUAUUGAUCUAUCAGGUGUCCUAUGUCAGCAUGUCCACCAGAGAAAUAUACUCUAAGGUGGGGAGGGAGUUACUUGCUGCCAUAGCUACAGCCCACCCCUAUGUAGUUUCUGUGCUCCUGAAUCGACUAAGAGAGACCAUACAAACUGUAGGAAUGGUGGCUCUGUACUUGUGUAAAGAGCUGCCUCUGAGUCUGUGGAAGCCACAGUCAGAGGAAAUCUGUCUAAUCGGAGCCUGGCUGCUCCAGUACCCUCUGUCUGCAGUGGAGAACCGACUGGCCUGUGUUAUUCUAGAGGGACUGAACUGGGGCUACACACAGAAUGGCUCCUUGGCCCUGCCUUCGUCUCUACACAGUGAAGUGGCUCUGCUGGUGGCUGAAGCCUAUCAGAAAUACCUCACUGACAAAACCUACAGUGGCCUCAUAUCAGAGGGAAUAAAACAGGUAUCCUAUCUUGCCAGUCUCCUUCGUUUGGGUGUCUCUCCUGAAGCCUCCUUCAGUCAGUGGGCGUGGCAGCUGCUGCUUCGACUAAAGCUCCAUGGAAAUUCUCAGAGACCUAAAGGAGCCUGGUUCGUUCCUGCUUUGGCUUCCAACCCACCUCCAGAGCUGACACACACUCCCAGCAUGCACUCUGUCCUCAGAGCUGUAAAAGCGGGCAUCCCAAUAGGCUCUUACCUUUCAAUUGCAAUGACAUCAGUAGGACACAGCCUGGAAAAGUUCUGCACUGAUGGAAUCGUCUUGUUAAAGAGUCUGAUCCAAUCUCACCAUCUAAAAGCUGCUGUGCAUCUUUUAGACAAUGUGUUGCCACCGACUUACCCUCUCAGUUAUUACCUGCUCAACAACCCUCAGUUUGUCAGUUGUGUGCAGCUGUUCUUGCAGUAUGACAGUGUCUGUCCUCAAGGUGUAACACAGCAGGUCACCCACCGGGUGGCACCACUCCUGACAGGAACAACCUAUGGAGACAAUGUCCGACUCCUAAACAGUGUCAUACAGAGCCAUAUCAUAGAAAGUUCCCAGCCAAGUCGUGUCGGAGCAGCAGCAGUGUUGGAGUUUUGGGUGGGAAUUCUGACUCAACAGAACUUGUGGUACAGAGACAAAACAGUUUUAUUUCUCAUGGAUCAGAUUUGCUGCACUGCCUUUACAUAUCACCAGGAGGAAUGUGUGCAGAAACUCCUGUACCAACUGCAUAAGAAUGCCCUGGGUUACCAUGGGAACCAGGGUCUACUCUCCUCUCUGGUUGGCUGGAUCUCUGGAAAUGUCACACCUUCCUUUGUAGAUAGCCAAUCACUGAAUGAAGAGAUUUGGUUUGCUUGGCUGGUGUUAAACAUGGAGGGUGUGUUUGAGGAGGACUCUCAGCUGAGACGCUGUGUUGAACUUGAACUGCUGUCUGAGCCAAAUAUGUCCCCAGAACAAGCCCUGAAGAAAGCGCAGCAAAGGCUAAAGUUGCCAGUAGCUCCAUCUCUUCAGCGGCUGCAGGUAUAUCGCUGGGCAUGUCAAGCUUUAGCCACACCCCCUGAUCACCCGCUUCUUCCUCUGGUCUGGCAGAAGUUCCUGCAGCUCUACCUGAGACAGCCUGGGCCUGAGUAUGGGCUUGCUGCAGGCGGAUGUAUAGGGCGCAGGUUUUUCCAGACUUCAUCUCAGGCCACUUUACUCAAAGAUCUGAGACACAGGAUACAGGAGGUGUCAGAUUUUCACCACGCUGCCAGCCAGGCCCUCAGAGUGCCCCUACCAAACACCCCCUCAUCAGAAAGUAGAAGUGAUGAAACUUCUGACAAUCCUCGCCUGUACCUCACCUCUCCACAACUACACACAGAAAUGGUCAGGUUGUUUGGUGUGUUUGCUCUGUGGCUGGAUGAUGAGACGCUGCAGAAACAGGAAGUUUACCUUCCAUCUCUUCCUCCACAAUAUGAACCACACAGACUGGCACAAGUUAUGCAGCGACAUCAGGAACUGUGGGUAGAAUAUUUGGACCAUGAACGUUUGCAGUAUGAUGAAAAGGAAGUUUUGUCUCUGUGGGAGAAGGUGCAGAGUGAGCCAGUCUUUCUACAGACUCCAAACCCUGGCUUCACUGAUUACACCAACCCAAACAAUGCAAAGAAGCGUAUCCUAUCAAAUCUGGAGAAGCAUCCGACUCCUUGUCCACCUCCAGAGCUGCAGCAGUACAAAGCACCUGUGGCAGACAUUCCAACAAACUGCUUCACUGAUUCUAAAGCGGCUACUGAGCUGCUACAACAGGACCUCAGUAUCCUACAGGACCAAGCACGGGUUGCAGUCGCACGUGAAGCCCAGCAGGUGGCAAUGGAGCAGGAACUCUUGGAGAGUCUUCCUCUACUGUAUAAAAACAAAUCAGAGCAGGUCACAAUGGAUUUAGAGUGUAAAGGGAAGGGAGGGCAGCCGUGCCAGGGACCUGCACACAUGACUGUCACGUGUGAGCGUGUCCAGAGACAGGAGGCCAUGCAGACUCAGAUCACGUCAGUGCGCAGAGACAUCAAAAAACUCCAAACAGAUUCCAUGGCUGCUCCUCCUCAAACCCUGGCCCAGGCUGCAGUCCACACUGAAAACUUUAUUACGGCCCUGGUGAACAUGUGCAAGGCCCAAAAAUCUCCCGCAGUGCAACAUGUGGGCGUCUCCGCCUUCUACCAGGUGGUUUCCUUUGUGUGUGAGGACACACUGCGACAUCCGUCCACACGCCAGUACCUCUCGUCUUGUGUUGAGAUUCUGGGACAGGUGUUUAUCCAGGGAAAUGCAGAGGAGUGUGGUCGUGUCUUGAAGACCAUCCUGGAGCAGCGGCGUCUUUGUCCUCUGAUAUCUCCUUUCUUCACUCCUAAUUCUGCUCCAAAACAGCUUGUCUCUCUCUACCAAGAUGUGGUGUCAUCAUUGCAUCUCGACAGUGCUGAUGUCAUUUUCAUGCUUCUCACAAAGUUUGAUUUGCCUCAGUGGCUGAAUGAAGCCCAGCCCAUAUUUUCAGAGAGAACCCGUUUGCUGGAGUUGGUCCACGGAGCUCUGUGUGUCUGCGGCCGAGACCCUGACCCUGACUUUCUCACACCUUUUCACCUCUUUACCAAACACUGGACAUCGCUGUUACGCCACCAUUUCCCCGACCACUACAGUGACUGUCUGCGUCUCCUCAUGACCAGUUCAUCAAAUCAGUUACUGAGUCCUGAAUGUUGGAAGGUGACUCUUCGAGUUCUGGGCUGUUUACCUCCAACCUGUAGCACAAAGAGUAAAACCGAAUUAACCCUUGGCUCAACUGAAUCUCCUGGACGAGCUGUUGCAGCCCAAAGUUCUCCCUUCAGAUCUUCCAUUAGCCUCUCACCCCAGCAGAUGGAUGAGACUGUUAACUGGCUGAGCGAAUAUUUUCUGCGGAGUCGUCUCAGUAAGCAGGACCUCCGCAGCUUUGGCCUCUUCUCUGCCUGGACUCCCUACGUCAGUGAGGUUGUUUCCCUCUGGGAUCAUUUGGUCACAUCACUCAUCAAUGUGCAGCUCAGCAGCUGUGCUAGAGAACCAGUGGGAAGCAGCAAAACAAUCAAAGUUCUGCAGGAGCUGUACUGUACGAUUGUGAAGUUAUUUAAACCUUGGAUUUUUCCUGUGGACACAGAUGAGGGAGGAAGUCUGAAGUGUUACCCUUGGCUGGAAACUGAUGCGACAGCAGCAGCGCCUCUGGUUGGACUGUAUACUCAGCUGACUGACAGCCUGCAUCACAAAUUCAGAGAUCGUUUGCUGCCUAGUCAAAGAGGAGCGUUGUGGUUGUGUAUGAUGCAGUACUGCCAGAGCUGCACCUCGCCACGCACGCCCGAAUACCUUCUCUACCUUUACCACACUCAGUUCCGGAGCCUGCCCUGGAGAUUCCUGCACCCUGACACUCAGCUCAUGGAGCAGCUCUUCAGUGUGGAGAGAGGAAGUCCCAAGAGCUGCUUCCUGUUUAUGGGUGGAGUGUUAUGUGAAGUGAACUGGGUCAGUGUUAUGAGUGACAGCUUACAGACACCUUCAGCAUCUGCUGCAUAUCCUGCUCUGGGCACCCAGAAGGACUCCCACACCAUGCUUGUCUAUCUGCUCUACAUGUUGGUCUUUCUGGCCAAGGAGGAGCAGCUCCUCAGUCAACAGGAAUCUCCUUUGCUUAGUCUGUUGGUGCAGUCCACCUCUCUGCCCUGGCAUCAACUGGACCUCUCCUCAUACCAAGGCAUUCUGGGAUAUGUCGGCACCCACUACACUCCAUCUUUGCUACUCAGCACAGAUUCUGCCCCUCAGCUGCUGCUAAAAUUGUUGCGUGGUGGUGCAGGGCUUCAGCUCAGUUCUAAUGAAGACCCUCACAUGGAGGAGACACUGAAGGCAGGGGCGUACGUCUGCUGGUGUGUGCAGUCCUUAGUGACUCUGGAGCAGGGAGGAGGAAUCAGCCUCAGCAGUCUGGAGUCUCAGCUGGAGACACUUUUGGAGAAUAUUGUCACAUUCAACCCCCCAGAGACAGGUUUGGAGCAGCGACACAUGGCCUUGUGCCGUCUCUUCAGCGACACUCUGGCUUUGUUGAACAGAGUUGGCAUCUCGUCCGGCGAAGCUCUUGCUGCUCGUGUUAUCACCUGGCUGGACAAGAAGGGGAGGGGCUUUCCCAUUCUGCCUCUACUCACAGCCUGCACUCGUUGCCUGGCAUCAGUACGACACAUGACUCGCAUCAUGGAGGCGUGCAUCACAGCCUACUUUAACCACGCUGAGGAGGAGUCUGUUGGUUGGGGUCCAGUGUUGGCAUCUCUGCAGGUGCCUGAACUCACAGUGGAUGACUUCAUCUCCGAGAGCCAAUCUGGAGGCAGCUUCCUGACACUCUAUGCCUUCAUUUUACAACGCCUCAACAGUGAAUACACAGCAGCCAAUGAGAGGAGGACGCUGUCUCUGAUUAACACAUGGACCAGUCAGGUUUCUCCCAGUGGUCCAUGUGAUGAAGCUAAGCUCUUACUCUGGUGGCACAAAUCUCUGAACCUGUCAGUGGAGCAACUCCAGCCCCAAGCAGGCCUCAGUGAAGUGUCAGGAGUCAUCAUGAAUCUGAUGAAGCUGCAGACCAGGCUCCUCCAGCUGGGAGAAGAACGAGUCAACUCUGGGCUGCUGGCCGCAAUAGGCCUGGGAAAGAGAUCUCCUGUUUCAAAUCAAUUCAGGGUCUUGGUUCGAAGUCUGGCAACCUUCCUCUCAGUCCAGGUGCAAUCAGAAACCGAGGUUCGACUUCAGCCCACCACUGAGCUGCAGCUCUCUGUGAAAGCCCAACAAGCCUUAGGGACUUUAGAGACCCUGCCUAGCAACAAGCAUUACGCAGAGUUUCAGAACCCUGUGAAAAAGGUUGUCCAGUUCAUCCGUUCCCCAGGACACUGCCUUAAAGACGCACCACGAUUUUUGUCCCUGCUUGCCAACCUCCUGUAUCCUGACCUAAGAUAUCUGAACAUUAUCCGUUAACUGAACCUGACCUGCAGCACAUGCUGCAGGCUGAGGGGAUGUAAGCUCCCUGUGGAAAAUACGCUGACCAUAACAGUCUGCUGACUACAGAUGAACCCUCCCGGAGCACAAGAGUUUCCAAGUAGUUGCACUUUUACUGAGUUACUUUUAAAAAUUCUUAGAAAGAAAAAGAAGACUUUUCAUCAAAGCUGGUUAUGCCUUUAUAAAAAGUAAUGAUAUUAAUGACCAUAAUCUUCUGCCCAAUGAACAAUGAAGCAUUGCCGAUCGAAUUAGAAGGGUAAGAAAUGAUGUGUUAAAUGAAAUGCUAAACUGUGAUACACAUAUCUUUCCUGUCAUGCGUUAUUCCUCUGUUGCUUUUUUUUUUUUUUUUAAGUGCCAGAUUUUUCUCAAAUCUGUCAAUUCUGUCGACAAUUUCAGUGAUACAUCUAUUUAUCCUGGUAUAAUCAUUGGAUCAGGGCUCAACUCUGGUGUCUGUGUGUUAAUUUGACAUCUGUCUAUGAAUCAAAUGGGUAAGAAGUCAAAGGACGCAUUUAACAUGAAGGAACUGGAGUAUAGAAGGGCAGAAGGUGACGUCAAUAUCCGACCUGAGGAUUUGCUGUUAAUUCUAAGUCAAAAUCACACUUUGACCUGAAAUUUCCCACCCUUUGGUACUGUAAAUUUACAGAAAAAACAAUCGCUGCCUCCACAAAGUGAUCAUGAUAAUUACACAUCUGCCAGUAUUACUUUAAUGUCCAAUUAUGAUGCUUUGCUCAUGUCUGCCAAAGAGAUAGUUUUAUUUGUUUAGCUUCAUAAACCAUGACCAUGACCA